UGGCUGGAGCCACGGCAGACGUGCAUUGCUUCGACGUCAACUCGCGGACAUGGAGCAAGCUGUCCCCUGUUGGCGAGCCUCCCUCCCCGCGAGCAGCGCAUGCGGCUGCGGCGAUGGGCACGAUGGUGGUGAUUCAGGGCGGGAUAGGGCCGACAGGGCUCGCCACUGGCGAUCUGCAUGUGCUGGACCUGACUCAGGCUCAACCCAAUUGGCACAAAGUGGUGGUGCAAGGAGCUGGCCCUGGGCCUCGAUAUGGUCACGUCAUGGCCCUUGUGGGGCAGCGCUACCUUUUGUGCAUCAGCGGAAACGACGCCGGGCAGGCAAGGGGCCGCUGUCGGACGAGUGGUCACUGGACACGACAGUGAAGCCGUACGAGUGGAAGAAGCUGGACCCCAAGGGCAAGGGGCCGCCGCCUUGCAUGUAUGCCACCGCUAGCGCCAGGCACGACGGGCUGCUGGUGCUGUGCGGCGGCAGAGACGGCAGCGGCGUGCCUCUACCCGGGGCGUUUCGCUUGGCUCGGCAUCGGGAUGGCCGGUGGGAGUGGGCUGUGGCGCCUGGCGUGUCCCCCUCGGCGCGCUACCAACACGCUGCUGUGUUUGUGGGGCUGCGCCUGCACGUGUCAGGAGGAACGCUGGGGGAAGAGAGGAUGGUGGAAGACGCUUCCAGUGUGGCCGUUUUCGACUCAGCGGCAGGCGAGUGGUGUGACCGCAAGGCCAUAGUAUCAGCCGCCCGCACCGGCCGCUACAGUGCCGACGUGCCGGGCGGCGACGCGUCCUCCGAGCUCACCCGCCGCUGCCGCCACGCCGCCGCCUCGGCCGGCAAUAUUAUCUUUGUGUACGGCGGGCUGCGGGGCGGCAUUGUCUUGGACGAUCUGCUCAUUGCCGAUGACACGCCGCCCGAGCAGCUGACCCUGCCGCCCUCCGCGGGUGCGCCGGCAAAGGAGCCUGUGUCUGGGUCGGCACGCAAGCCGCCCAUGGUGGAGAUCGAUGUAGCACAGCCAUAUGUGUGUCAGUGGAUUGGUGCAGGUGAGAAGAUUGGUGCAGGAGAGAGGAUUGGUGCAGGUGAGAAGAUUGGUGUAGGUGAGAAGAUUGGUGCAGGUGAGAAGAUUGGUGCAGGUGAGAUGAUUGGUGCAGGAGCUGUCACACAUGAUCUCCUUCCUGAUUCCCUGGCUUGCAGUUUUGGCAUGGUGAUGCUGGUGGUUGUCACGGGGCGCAAGGUUGUGCUGGUGAUAGAGGGCGACCACGUCAACAUCAAGCGAUGGGUGACCCCACUGGUGAACUCAGGAGCAGUGACAGAAUUCAAGGACCCUCACCUGGAAGCACCGGAUGAUUUGGUGCUGCGCUUGGCUCGCCUUGCCCUCUCCUGCACUGACCUGUGUGGGGCCUCCCGUCCCUCCAUGCUUCUAGUGCUGGCUGAGCUGGUGAAGCUGAAGCAGGAGAUGUUUGGGGUGCAGGUUAGCACGGGUGUUUCCAGCAUUGACACGGAAAUUGGAGGCUCUGAUGGCUCCUUUGACUUCAGUGCUGAGAUGGCCCGUGCGAUGCGAGAGGCUGUUAGUGGCGCCUCCUCAACUAUCAUGCCAUAA